GUAAAUUACAAUGAAUCCCUACCAUUGGUACCUUUGGCAUAUUUGGUGUAUUACACAACAGAAUCCCGGCUUAGGCCCGGUCCGACUUUUUAACGUUGAGGAGCUGGGGAUUAGGCAGCUGCUAGGGCGGACUAUUUCACACCAUCUAGCGUGAUGAUCGGUGGUUCCUGCUCUAGGGAAGGGAGUGGACCGCGUUUCUUACACUAACGAUUACUACCUUAAUCUAAUCCCUACAACCGCAGCCGUUAAUUGCUAGUUAAUCCCUUGCACCUAGCCUCCUACUUAGAUCGUCACCGUUAAAUUCUAAUUCAACUAGCAACGUUCCCCUUUUGUGAUGGUCGAAUCCUUCCCGUCAUCACAAAUCCUUCGACCCUUUUCUUUUCGGCUCCCAAGGACGAUACCGCAUCUCUGCGGCGCAGUCCUUCAAAGCGAUGGCCGAUAAUGUCCAAAUCGGUAGUAGUAUGCGACGGGUGGCAGGAGCUCGGGCGAAUGCUCUUGUUAGGUGAAGGGAUGGUUAGGUGCAAAAGUCCUAUGGAGGAAAUGAAGGCAAAGAGUCCAAUGCUCGGAUUCUGAGUCGCAGCCAUUCUUGUCUUUCUGCGUACUUGCUUGUUCCUUUAACUACGGCUCUUCUGAAGAUGACUUCAGCUCUUCGACAACAGCCAGGGCUUGCUUGCGAGAACUGCCGCAGGAAGAAAAGCCGCUGUGACCGUGCGCGACCGGAGUGCGGUAGCUGUGCUGCGACGGGCGCCGUGUGCAUUUUCACUAGCAAGCGCCCGCAGCGAGGUCCCAGGAAAGGUCAGCUACAGGCGUUGCGGGCCCGGAUCGCGACUCUGGAGCGCUGUCUGGGCGAUCAAAACGAAUAUGUAGAUUUAGACCACGAUGUCUUCUUCGGGCCUCUAACGCCCCUAGAAGGGAGUACAGACACGUCUAGUAUGACCACUAGCCCCGAAACUACGAGAAAACCCAGCAUAGUCCAGUCGUCAGACGGAGAAUACGAUCAUUCAAGUCAUGCUAUUUUCCCCAAUCUUCAUAGUAAUGUUGUUUCUGGUACGGCUGAAUGCGCAAAGUCGAACAGGAGGCUAGACGAUCUAGAUCAUGACAUUUUCUCCGAUCUUAUGCUACCGAUAAACGAUGCAGCUACACUCGGCGCGACGAACCAACUGUCAGAUGAAGAGUCACCCAACGGUUCGGACGCGACUUUUAUCUCUGGUUCAACCAUAGUGAAUAACUCAACAGGACCAACAGCAAACUCGUGGAGUAAUCCUUGGAUUCCAGAAACGGGGUUUACUAGCAAAGGAACCGAUGCUGUGGAUGAGAUCGGAGAUUUGAUCCAAGCUGACUUAGACCAGCUAUACUUCGAUCGGAUCCAUCCUGUUAUUCCAUUGGUUCGCCGGACUAGAUAUUUUUCAUGGACCCGUAAGACGGACAAGGAGGAAGUUCAAAUAGCCCUCCAAUCGGUCAUGCGUACCCUAGCCGCAUCGGCCUCCGCUGCGUAUCAAGUGCUCACCAACUCGCUCUACACGGAAACGUGUCGGAAGCUUGCGAAGCUAGAUGAAUCUACUGAGCACGACUUCAAUGAAAAGUUUCCAUUAGAACAUAUUCAAGCAUGGCUAUUACUUGCGCACUACGAAUUCACACGCAAGUCGCAUCGCCGGGCUAUGAUGACGGCGGGGCGCGCUUUCCGGAUGGUCCAGGUGUCUUUGUUACAUGAGAUUCAUGAGCCGGAUAUUUCGUUGGGCGAGUUUAGUGCAGAUCUAAGUAGUUGUUGGGUUGAAGCAGAGGAAAAGAGAAGGACAUUUUGGGUAGCCUACUGCCUUGACCGGUGUGCAGGACUCUAUGAUAGGUGUCCACUCACUUUCCAUGAAGAUGGGAUGCGAACCCGACUUCCAGCUGCUGAGGACGACUUUGAGAGCGGUCGGCCUACUCGCACGGACUUUUUACACGAUGCUAUCGCCUUCAGUGGCCAGAAUGUGCUACCCCCUUUUGCUGAGUGUGUGGUAUUAUUAACACUUGGAGGACGAUGUAUGAUGCAUCGACCACGCGCACUAGCAGAGAAUCUGUACGGCAACGAUCCGCUUGAAUUCUGGGCUCGGUAUGAAUGGGUCGACACUACCUUGGACAAGAGGAGACGUCGCUUCACGCAAAGCUCACCCGCCGCUACCACGCUUACUGACCCAAUGCUCAUCUUCAAUCACAUGAUUUCCGCUACAAUUGUGAUUCACUUGAUGGAGACGCUAAGGAGUAGGGCCUUACCGACUGCUCAACACCGCAUGGCUGCGGACGUUUAUAAUGAUCGAUCAGUCCAGGCAGCGCGUGAGCUUGUACUGCUAGCUAGGUCUGUGACCCAACUUAGCUGCUUUAAGGCACACCCAUUUGUUCCCAGCCCGCUCUUCCACGGUGCCCGGAUUCUACUAGAUGGUGGGGUCAGAAACUCGGUUUCGACUGAUGCGGCCGGUGCAAGCGAAUUAUUAGAGACGCUUCAAAACCUUAAAGGCGUUAAUAACCUAGCACAAGACUCCCUACAGAGGUUAGAUCUGAACGGUCUAUCGAAGUUGCGCUUCAACUUCGAGGGGGUGGCUCCUCACGAAGCAAGCUGAGACGAGAGCGAUCAAGUCUAAGGCUGUACACUAGGUAUAUCAUAUUUGCUAUAUAUAUAAAUGUACAUAUAUCUGGACAUACCUACUUAUAUGUAUACACAUUGGAACCAUAAGGCUUAUUUGAAAAAGCCUUGCAUUAAUUAUGCACAUUGAGGUUGUGCAUUUAUGAAAUACGAAGUUAUUCUAUAGCACUUACCGUUGAGGCAGGUUUCGUGUAGUCAUACGUACAAUUCUCAGGGGUUAUUGAACAAACGUUCCAUUUGAAACCUCGAAUUCUCAAACUCUUCAUUCAUACACG